CUGUCCGGGCCUCCGGCCCCGGGGCUAUGAGCCGCGAGCGCGCGAGCCCGAGCCCGCGCCGCAGCUAGAGGCCGCCGGGCGGGCGGGCAGGCAGGCGGGCGGCCGAGGAGGGAGCCGCGCGCGGCCCAGGCAGUCGUCUUCAGCAGUAUUGUCUGUCACUAAGCUAGAAGCAAACACAGGCGUGGAGGAUGAGUGAGCUGGAGCAGUUACGGCAGGAAGCGGAACAGCUGCGGGGUCAGAUCAAGGAUGCUAGGAAAGCAUGUGGUGACACAACACUCAGUCAGAUGACAACAAGUCUGGAUUCUGUAGGAAGAAUCCAGAUGCGAACAAGACGUACCCUGCGAGGUCACUUAGCUAAGAUUUAUGCCAUGCACUGGGGAUAUGAUUCAAGGCUCCUAGUCAGUGCUUCCCAAGAUGGAAAACUAAUCAUUUGGGAUAGCUAUACAACAAAUAAGAUGCAUGCCAUUCCUUUGAGAUCCUCCUGGGUGAUGACCUGUGCUUAUGCUCCUUCUGGUAAUUAUGUUGCUUGUGGUGGUUUGGACAACAUCUGUUCCAUUUACAACCUGAAAACUAGGGAAGGCAAUGUGAGAGUGAGCCGGGAGUUACCAGGCCAUACAGGCUACUUGUCCUGCUGCCGUUUCUUAGAUGACAACCAAAUUGUUACAAGUUCAGGAGAUACAACCUGUGCUUUAUGGGACAUUGAAACUGGCCAGCAGACCACCACAUUUACUGGACAUACUGGAGAUGUGAUGAGUCUCUCUCUAAGUCCUGACAUGAAAACUUUGGUUUCUGGUGCUUGUGAUGCCUCUUCUAAACUCUGGGAUAUCCGAGAUGGAAUGUGUAGGCAGUCUUUCAUUGGGCAUGUGUCAGAUAUUAAUGCUGUCUGUUUCUUUCCUAACGGGCACGCCUUUGCCACUGGCUCUGAUGAUGCCACUUGCCGGCUCUUUGACCUUCGUGCAGACCAAGAGUUGAUGAUGUAUUCUCAUGAUAAUAUCAUCUGUGGAAUCACUUCUGUCGCCUUCUCUAAAAGUGGCCGCCUCUUGCUAGCUGGUUAUGAUGACUUUAACUGUAAUGUAUGGGACACACUGAAAGGAGAACGUGCAGGUGUUCUUGCUGGCCAUGACAACCGUGUCAGCUGUUUAGGUGUUACUGAUGAUGGCAUGGCUGUAGCAACAGGAUCUUGGGACAGUUUUCUUAGAAUCUGGAAUUAACUGGGUUGUAAUAGGUUUUACAUUCUCCUUUGAGAUCUGGAGAGAUCAAUGCUGCAGCCUGUAGCUGUGAAAUAACAUUUCUACCUUGUAUUUGCAGGUGAAGUUUGUUUUUUUUUCCUAUUCGCUAUUACACACACACACACACACACACACACACACACACACACACACACACACACACACACACAAAGGCUUUCUGUAAACUAGAAAAUAAAUGAAGAAAGUGGAGGGGACCAGUGUAUAAAAUCAUGGUGACAUCAAAGUAAAUACAGACCCAGUUUUUUUUUGGGAAAUUUGGUUAGCUUGAUCUGAGGAGUUUCUGCUUGUGCUCAAAGUCUGCUAAUUCUAUAUUUUCCUGGUAUGGAACAGAAUGCACACACUAUUGCCGCCUCUCCUGUAACAUUUGUCUGUCUGUAAAAUGUUUGCGUUUUUUUAAAAGAACUACAUAUAUAUAUAUAUAUAUAUAUAUAUAUAGCUUUGCAUCUUUCUGAAAUGUCAUAUUUCUGAGUCUUUUGGAGGAUGAAUCAAACGAUAGCUUUGAAGAAGCUCAGCUCUUUUGUGAAAUUGCUCUGUGUGGGAAGUGAGGCCAUGUCUUUUGAUGUAUGGGCACCAUGGAAGGCUGACCUUUUAUCUUGUCAGAUGGGCCCCCGUGAUUCCAUUCUAGUACCUAGAGCCUUACUUCUUUAUCCCCUUCCUCUUCAACAUCGAGGAUACCAUUUUUCCCCUUGUGGUUUCUGGUGCAUCCUUUAACACCAGUGGACAUUCUUCCCCAGAAUUAAGUGCCCACAUUCAUUUGGGACAGAUGAAUUCUGUAGAAUCCUAGAAGUGUUCUCUACGCUUGCCAGAUAGCCAUUUUCUUUUCUAGGACUAUACAGAAAAUUUUAGAAUUGACUCUGUUCAAAACAGUAGGUAGUAGACAAAUGGCCAACAUUCUUUGUACAUUCUUCAAAGCUAAUUAUAAUACAAUGACACUAUGAGUGACAUGUCCCACUGUGAAGUUAGCCAAUUGAAUUUUAUUAUACUGUGUUUUGAGGAUAUUUAGAUAAUUUCAGGUUGGAUUUUUUUCUUAUUGGUUCUUUGCCUCAGAAAUUAAGAAUGGUUUUUCCUGCAAAUCUGAGGAUAUUUCCCAGUAUUUCACCUGAGUAUAUAUGCCUGUUUUAUGUAUAGUUAGUGUACUAAGAUGGGUAGCACUGUUUUGAAUGAAGAAUAUUAUCCCUAUGGGUCAGUAACCUUAUUUAAAUCCUUAAGUAAACCAUGUUUCUACAAAUUUUAUGACCUCUUAAUUUAAAAUUUAGCUUUGUGAAAAUGGCCUGUGCCUUCACAUUUUAGUAGAUACCCGUGGUCUGUUAAAUUGAAUCAAUCACUUAUUUUGUUUGAAUAUUCCCUCUAGUGCCAAGUGUACAUUUCUUAAACUAUUUUGCUAAUAAAAGACUGCAUCUAAGCCAAGAGAUCUAACCAAUCUCAGCAGUCUUAAGUAUACUCAUGCUAAAUUUCCUUACCAGAGUGAUUUUAUAUUAGUAGCAUUGGAUGUGCCACAAAAACUGGGCUGUAAGGACCAGUAGUCUUUGACAAAAAUGUGCUAUCUUGUAUUCCCCUGAAAGUCAUUUAAUUGGUCACGUUGCAUUAUAUGUAGGGAAAUACCCUGUUGUUUUUGAGAACAUAAGGGCCUGAGAUUCUAUAAAUAUGCUUAGACCACAGAUUAUUGCUGAGACCAACAUGAAAUUGUGAUCACUUGUCACUCCUAAUGUCAGCACUUCCAAAUUGUGCCUGUGAGUCUGUCUUGUUUACAAAUAAUAAAGUGUGCCAACCACGAUGAAUUCAGUAUCAGUUCUAUAUCAUGUGCUAGAAAGAGAAUACACUUAAGGCCAAUUAAAGAGAUAUAGGACCAAAAUUAGUAUAUACUGUAUAGAUUACAGGAACUCCUACAUUUUUAUUUUUCUGUGAUGACUUUUAUGAAUGGUGUGCUGUACUAAUUAUGUAAUGUCUGUGUAUCUUCAUAAAGAGCAGCUCUUUGAGAUCAGGCAGAAUAUGUAUUUUAAAGGUACAUACGGUAAAUACUCUGGAAAAAAGUAAUUUGGCUCCAGAUCAUUAUGAAAUAAAUGAGAGAAGUGCUCACCAACAAUUCUGCAUGCCAAUAGCCAGUCUUUGGCACUUGGACAAGCCACAAGUGUUAUAAAGUCACCAACAGAUUUUUUUUCUUAAAAUGCUUACUUUAGGGGCAGCUAGGUGGCGCAGUGGAUAGAGCACCGGCCCUGGAGUCAGGAGUUCCUGAGUUCAAAUCCGGCCUCAGACACUUAACACUUAACUAGCUGUGUGACCCUGGGCAAGUCACUUAACCCUAAUUGCCUCACUAAAAAAAAAAAAUAAAUAAAAAUAAAAUGCUUACUUUAAUAUUUAAGUAGAAUAAACCUGAUGAUUUGUGUGAUUAACAAAUAUUUGAAAAGUUUAUGCAUAUAAUUGAUGUAAAAAAAUCAUCUUUGUGCUGUGUUGAGUGACUACCAGUUAGUUGUGUCUGAGGCUGUUUCAGACAGUUGCCCACCACUUAUUUCUGUUGUUAGUAUUCCUAAAAGCAGGAAGGUACACACAUGGGUUUUGAACUCUACUUGUUGUAGAUUUAAAUGUCAAAAUCAAAAACCAAUGCCAAAUUCCACAAAUCAAAAAUAUUGAUGCCUCUUAGAAAUAAAAUUUUCCCCUAAUCCUAAAAUGUAUUCAGCCGCUUUUUACUGUACCUUAUCAAUGAUUGACAUUUGAGCAUAGUGCACUUUAUAAUACUUUUGGCAUAAUAAGAUUCCUAAAACUCUUUUUAAAGAAGUUGCCUUUGUUUCUCUUCAUCUCCAAGAGAUUUCAGUGGAGCUGUUUAGCAAAGGGCUCAGGUGCCCUGGCCUGGUAGUUUGUGUCAUAUGAAGAUAAAUUUGUCUACAGAAAUUCUCAGAACUGUUGGGUUAUGAUGAGCAGCCUGCAACAUCUGCUGCCUCCACAAGAGGUCUGCUCCAUCCAUGGUGACAGGAGGAACUAAAGAUGAUGUCAUUUACAUUAUUGGUAGUCAUGGAAUAUUGUGCCACAAAAUAAACUUGAUAUCUUUGUGAUGUUUGAAGGGAACCCUUUCUGCUUUUUGAUGAGUGGUUUCAAACAUUCUGUAUCCCCAAAAUUCAUUUUACAUGAAUUGGAAGGAAAUGGAUUGAGUCAUCCCCCAAGUGGGAUAAUGAACUUGUAAGCCUGAUUCUUUUAACUAUGAAGGGCUUCUUUCUAGAAUUUUCCUGACAUGUUUUAGAAGACUGAGUGGUAUGAAUGGUACAAGAGUAACAUCUGAAGCGUAUUUCUAACAUCCUGUUAAGAUAAAUAAAAUCAUGGAUUUAGCAAAGCCUUCUGUCAGUUUGGAUUAGCAAUGCUGUAUGAACUUAGCGGAUCCUACAAUACAUUAUAACCUUUAGAAUCAAUGUACCACUUGUCCCAUUGUGACAUCAUGUUUUAUGUUUAUGAGGAGCAUGAAAAACAUUCCAUAAUUAUUUUUCUCCCUUUGUUCAAAGGACAGUCGAUGCCACUAGAUUUUAGUGCUAUACUUUAAAAUAGAAUAGGUAUGAAUUAGUGAAAACAAAUGCAUUACCUGCUGUGUUCCAUAGCAGAAUGACUGAUUUUAAGAUCGCAUUUCAUGUAUAAAUUAAGCAAGCAUGGGCUGGUGGUGCACCUUGUAUUCCGUAAUCUGGCAUGCAUGCUGGUAAAAUUUCUUCCUACAUUUUGGAGGCACCACAGGCCUUUUUAUCCAGUUGCUGGUUAUGUAAAAUACAUGCAGAAUGUUAAUGCAGUGUUGUAAUGGUAAAAAUGUGUAAAGUGUUACUAAUCGAUAUAACUGAUAACAGAUUAAAUGUGCCUGACAAAAUCUUGUACCACACACAGUAUGUUAGGUUUUUGACUAAUAUGGACUUCAGUGGAAUAGUCUUUAGAUAUUUCAAGCCUUUGUUUUACUUACACAAUGGUGCUCUAUUCCGUGUUUUUCUCCUUUCAAAGAGGCAUUUGAACACUUGUACUACAUAUUACAUCCAAAGGAGUCCAAAUGUAAUUGGUUUUUAAAAACUUUUGUUUUGAAGUCACUGUAUAAUAGUCAAAUUUCCAAUAUAUUUCUUCUCAUCUUACUUAGAAUAUGUUUUACACACUCUGUGCUGACUUGGACUAGUCAGUAAUUAUUACAAAAGUUGAAUUGAUUCCACACUGCCUUUGGAGUGUGUCUGUAUCCAGAAAAAGUCUUAACAGCUUUAACUUAAGCUAAUAAAAACCAGAGACUUGUGCCGUGCAUUCUCCAAUAGUGCUUUUGCAUCAAUGACUUCCCUGUGAAAAUGGUCACUUGCUAUGAACUUCAGUUUAUAGCUUUUUCCAAUGGAUUUGAUCUUUGUAUUUGUACAGUGGCUCAGUGAAACAUGUUGCCAUGAGUUGAUAUCGUAACCAAUAAACAAGUGCUUUUAACCAGA